UUGACUGCUUUGGUCUGACGUGAACUUCCUGUACAAAGUCCACUAACUCACUAACGCAAGACUGCUGUCAAAAAGAUGAGUUUUAAUCAAGUGUAGAGAACGAAACCCACCUUACAUGAGCUUUAUAUGUCUUAACGGUUUGCGAAGCUAUUCAUGGAAGUACUGUCACAUCUUGCGUCUGGAAAAUUUGCAACCGAGCAGCCUUUCCACAGGGUCGAGUGUCUGCACAUGAGAAUUAAACAGACCAGUCAUGCAGAAUUCAGUCGAAGCCUUCAUAAAUGUGUUAGAGUCGUACAGAGGAAGAGAUAAAGUGAUCAGGACGCUGUGCUAUGGCUCUCAGCUGGUGGGAGGACUUCUAGCGGGGAAGAGAUCCCAGUCUUCUGUGGGCAAGAGUCUGCUGCUGUUCUCCGCUCAGCUCAGUCACUGCAGAACCACUCUCCGGCUCUUUGACGACCUGUCCAUGCUCGCCUACACCAGCAGCUACGGGCUGGGAGGCGCGGAGGAGGAUGCUCUGGUGCGCUGGAUGUCCGUUCUGAGUAAUGUGGCGGAUCAGCUGUAUUACCCCUGCGAGCACAUCGCCUGGGCGGCGGACGCACAGCUCGUCAAAACCAAAUCUGACAGGUGGUGGGUGCUGAGCACAGGCCUCUGGGGCGCAUCCCUCAUCCUCAGCAUACUCAGAUCCGUUAGGAACAUCCUGAUCCUGAAGAGGAAAGCGCAGACGUGUCAAAGGUCAGGUUCAGCUGAGAGCGGGGAGGAAGCGUUUUCCCAGAAGGCUGCGCUCCGGAGGCAGAUCCGAGGGGAAGCGUUCAGUAUCUUGAGCAGUCUGGCGGAUCUCGGCAACGCCGUUCACUGGAUGCCGCCUGGAUUUCUGUGGGCCGGACGCUUUCCUCCGUGGCUGGUGGGACUGAUGGGAACGACCUCCUCGCUGAUAGGCCUCCUGCAGACGAGCUCCGCCGAUCCAGGAGCGAGUUCCUAAAGCGGCGCCGCGUCGGUUUCGGAUCUGUUACUAUUUGUGAUAAUUAUAUGCAAUUUAUACAGGCUAACUGAUAAAUCUGUAUUUAGAAUUUUUGUCAAAUUCUACACUGGUAAAUAAUAAUAAGAAAUGAUUUAUAUUUAAUUGUAUAAACAGACAAAUGUAUUUGUAAAAAUGGACCAUCUGUAAACUAAUGUAACUGUGUGAAUAUUUCAAGUAAUUGUGAAAUAAAUAUUUUUUUCAAUGA